AAAUGAAGUAGAAGCGGCCAGGCAAAGGAAAUUGCAGCCUCUCCCAGCCACUCACUUCCCAUAGGCUGAAAGUCAUCUGGAACGAAAGUUUAUAUUGCACAAGCAAGAAAGUCAUAAGGAGACAUUGCAAGAGAAGGAGAAAGAGAUCUGCCAGGGAAAACAGUUGAUGGAUUGUUAUUUUGCCUAAUCUACUUGCUUGCUGUUCUGAGGGCUCAUUGUUGAAUUUCCUAGCUAUAUGGAUUAUGGGAUUCUAACCAUGACUCAGAUAGCUGAUCAGCUUCCCUGGAUUUCGCUGACGACACAGGAAAGCUUUGCCUGAAGAUGGAAACACUGGAGUCUGAACUGACCUGCCCUAUCUGUCUGGAGUUGUUUGAAGACCCACUGCUGCUGCCUUGCGCUCACAGCCUAUGUUUCAACUGCGCACAUCGUAUCCUGGUCUCCCACUGUGCCAACAACGAAUCAGUAGAAUCUAUUAACGCUUUCCAGUGCCCCACCUGCCGUUAUGUCAUCACACUCAGCAAGCGUGGCUUAGACGGACUCAAGCGAAACGUGACUCUUCAGAAUAUCAUCGAUAGGUUUCAGAAAGCAUCUGUGAGUGGGCCCAAUUCCCCCAGUGAAACUCGCCGAGAACGUGUUUACAAUAGUGAGAACAGCAUGACGUCCAGUGAGAAAGUCCUCUGCCAGUUCUGUGACCAGGACCAGGCACGGGAGGCUAUAAAAACAUGUGUGACCUGUGAAGUAUCAUAUUGUGAUGACUGCCUCAAGGCAACUCACCCCAACAAGAAGCCAUUUACUGGCCAUCGUUUAAUCGAGCCUAUACCGGACUCACACAUUAGAGGGUUAAUGUGCCUAGAGCAUGAGGAUGAGAAAGUUAACAUGUAUUGUGUAACAGAUGACCAACUAAUCUGUGCCUUGUGUAAAUUGGUUGGGCGACACCGAGAUCAUCAGGUGGCUGCUCUUGGUGACAGAUAUGACAAAUUGAAGCAAAGCUUGGAAAGCAACCUGACUAACCUCAUCAAAAGGAAUACUGAAAUGGAAAUGCUGUUAGCAAAACUUAUUCAGACCUGCCAGCACGUUGAGGUUAAUGCAUCACGGCAAGAGACCAAGCUGAUGGAGGAAAGUGAUCAACUAAUUGAAAUUAUACAGCAGAGAAGACAAAUUAUUGGUACCAAAAUUAAAGAAGGAAAGGUGGUGAGGCUGAGGAAAUUGGCCCAGCAGAUAGGCAACUGCAAGCAGUGCAUAGAACGUUCUACCUCCCUUAUAGCACAGGCAGAGCAGUCUCUGAAGGAGAAUGAUCACGCUCGCUUCCUCCAGUCUGCCAAAAGCACCACAGAAAGGGUGUCCAUGGCAACCGCAUCGUCCCAAGUAUUAAUUCCAGAAAUUAAUCUAAAUGAUACAUUUGACACAUUUGCAUUAGACUUUUCCAGGGAAAAGAAGAUGUUAGAAAGUCUUGAUUAUCUCACAGCUCCCAGUCCCCCGAUAAUUAGAGAAGAACUUUGUACUGCAUCUUACGACACCAUUACGGUGCAUUGGACAUCUGAUGAUGAGUUCAGUGUGGUAUCAUAUGAGCUUCAGUAUACCAUCUUCACUGGACAAGCCAAUGUCAUCAGUUUGUGUAACUCAGCCGACAGCUGGAUGAUUGUUCCAAAUAUCAAACAGAACCAUUACACGGUGCAUGGUCUACAGAGCGGCACCAAGUACAUCUUCAUUGUUAAGGCCAUUAAUCAAGCCGGCAGUCGAAACAGUGAACCUGGCAAACUAAAGACAAACAGUCAACCUUUUAAAUUAGACCCUAAAUCUGCACAUAGGAAGCUUAAGGUGUCACAUGAUAACCUCACAGUAGAAAGAGAUGAAAGCUCGUCCAAGAAAAGCCACACUCCAGAGCGUUUUACAAGCCAAGGAAGUUAUGGUGUAGCUGGAAACGUGUUUCUUGACAGUGGCCGCCAUUACUGGGAAGUGGUUAUAAGUGGAAGCACCUGGUAUGCUGUUGGCAUUGCUUACAAAUCUGCACCAAAACAUGAGUGGAUUGGAAAGAAUACCGCCUCUUGGGUGUUUUGCCGUUGCAACAAUAACUGGGUAGUGAGAUAUAAUAGUAAAGAGAUUCCUAUAGAACCUUCUCCACAUCUUCGCCGUAUUGGGAUUUUGCUUGACUAUGACAAUGGGUCAUUGGCUUUUUACGAUGCUUUGAACUCCGUUCACCUUUACACUUUUGACAUUGCCUUUGCACAGCCCGUGUGCCCUACCCUUACAGUGUGGAAUAAGUGUUUAACAAUUUUAACAGGCCUCCCCAUCCCAGAUCACUUGGACUGCCUAGAGCAACUGCCAUGACUAUCACGUGAAAACCACUAUGUCAAUGCAAGUGGCAGGAUACUGCCUACGGAUAACUGGAGUUCAUUAAAAAAGAUGCCUAGAAAGUUAGUUUAUCUGCCUCCAUCCAGUCGUGGAGAAAAAAGCCAGCAAAGUGCAUUUUGCACAUGAGAUUAUAAAUUCUUAGAUCUUUUUCAUUUUUAUUUCUAGUAAAUCAGUUACAGGAAGGUUUUAAAUUAUUUAUGAAAUGUUUAAACUUUUUUUGCUUUUGCACACUAUUUGAUGAGAUUGUCACACACUUAAAUUAAUGAAAUGUGCUGUACAAUACAAACGUUUAAUUUUCUAAUUUUUUUGUUAAAAAUAAUGCCCACAUUUCCAGUUUAAUUAUGCUAAGGAAGUUAUUUAAGUUCAGGGGUAUUCAACUCAGAUUUGAGCACAGAUAAACCAAUCCAUUUUUGUAAUUUGCAUUUAACCAUCUGUUUCAGAAUAGAGAUGAUUAUUAAAGGGGCAAUACACUCUAAUAAAAUGCUACAUAAAAGGAUGUAUUCAAAUCAAUGAUUAUCCUCACAGUAAUAUGCAAAUAUUUAAAAACAGCAUUUGUUAUUUAAUUAUUAGAAAGAAAACUAAGUGUAAAGUUUUAGAGUCCUAUAAGCAGCGGGUGCCUCCAUAUUGUAACCUAGGUUUUUUUGACUAAAUCUUGAUAAGGCUAAUUAGGGACAGCUAUAAAUCAGUCACUAGAGUGUACAAACAGUGGAUGUGUGGAAUAAUGAAAAUAUAUAACAUUAUUUUUUUUUUACUACACAUAAUUAAACAUUUUAUAGAACAAUCUUAAACUUUUAUCCCUUUAAAUCUUGAUCCAUUUACAACCCUUGAGGUCUGUAUACUAGGACACAAAAGAUGCCCUCUGGGCUAGUUAGUUUUCUCCCCUGACUGAUAAAGCCCAGUUUGUCUAAAAAAAAAUACACUGCCAAGGGGACUGGCUCAGUUAAAUAAAAACUUUUUUUUACUACCUUAUCAUUGCUUUCUCCUGUGGUCGUGUGUUGCUGACACCACUUUCAAACAACUGCUAUAGAGCUUCAUAUUUGCAAAAAAUUAUUGAACUAAUGUGGAAAGUUCUGCUUAUUAUUUCUCAUAUACAUAAAUAUAUCAUCAAAUCCUAAAAAAAAAACUGUCUAAAUACAAAAGAUACUGAUUACAAAAGACAAGUAUAAUGUAAUGAUCAGUAUCCAGAAGAUCUGACGCGUUACCUCUUUAACAGUCAGACGAAUGUAAUCUUGUGGCACUAGAUAUUUAGUUUACUUAAAUAGUAAUGGUAAAAAAACAUAUAGAAAACAUUUAGGGACUUAUUGCUGGUGACAGAUUUGAUAACAUCCAGAUUGUCCACCUUACUACCUGCUUAAAAACCUCAAUUUAUAUUGGAUUCUUAUUUAGUGUUUUUAAUCUAUCUCACAUCAUUUGUUUUAACCAAAUUUGAUUUGAAACUGUAAAUAAAAAUACACUCAAAGUGCAAUAAAGCGCUACAGUUUCAAUGUUAUUGGAAAAUUAUCCUCAAAUUGGUUUUUUGUUCCAUGAAAAAGAGAUUAUUUAAAAUUGUAUUACAAUGUUGUUGUUGUUGUUUUCUUAAAUUAUAUUCCUAAAUCGAAACCAAUUUUCUUCUUUGUGCUUAUCACUGUCAGCCAGUGAGCAGUAGAUACAUAGGUAUCACUUCCUGUUAGUUUCACUUUGAAGUUUGAGCUUUUACAUAUUUGUCAUACAAAAAAAAUAUAUUAACAUGUUUACCUGCUGCUUUUUCUUUUACACAAAAGAAAAAAUGAGUACAGUGUGACUUUAAUUAGAAAAAAGUACAUGGUGUAAUUUGUUCAUCUUAAGAUGUCAUUAGUUUUCAAUAGCAUCGGAUAAGAAAACAAGAUGUGUGACCAUGAAUGAGAUUACAGCUAGUAAUGACAACUAGUUAUUAGUAAAAUACUACAUUAGAUAAAUCUCAUAUUUAAACACAUUUAAUCACUUUCAAAUUACUUUAUGUAAAAUGUUCAUUUCUAUUUAUACAGACAUAUCUGUUAAAGUAAAAACGAAAUACAGUUAGAGGCGUCUGUAAAAUGUAACCUUAAUAGGUUAUGACCUUUAUGUUUACUAUAGUAUUUAUGCAUAUAGCUGUGUCUGUAUAAAUGAUUAAUAUGACUGUUUGUAAAGGUUUAAAAAUCAUUGUUAACAAACAAAAAAAUGUUGGAAAGCUAAGAAAAGGGAUGUUUGUUGCUAGUUAAUAAUGGACAUUUUUAUAGCGUUUUUAUGAUGAUUAAAUAGAUACAGGCUUUGUAAAAUGGGCGCCUCAGCCAUAGAUUUCUUUUUGUGUCUGUAAAAAAAAAAAUUUAAUGCACUUUGUUAAAAUAUAGGCUUUAGGAUAAAGGGAAAGAGCUUCAGAAUUCUUGUAAGUUGACUACCCAGGUACAGAAGUACUACAAUUUGCCUUAUUUAUAGUACCACUACAAUAAAAAAACACAAGCAGGAUGUGUCAUAUUUUAUGGCAAACCAAUUUAAUUUCUGUUUUUUCUUUUAUUCUUUUAACUGCUGGUAAUUAAAAAAAUAUUUCAGAUAUCUUUACAGAAAUCUAUUUCUUGACAUUUCUCAUCUUUGCACAUUAAUCUGUGACAAAUUUCCAGUUGUUAAGAGAGACAUUUCUUUAUAUAAUGCAUUAUUUUAAUGCAGUUGAGAUACUGGAAAAUGUUAUAAAACUAAUGCUCCUAGUUUUUAAAUGGAAUAACAGUGAUGACACACAGAUUAACUCAAAUAAGUCAUUUCAGAGCACAUGGAAAAAAAUGUACCUCAGCAACAAUUGGGAUACGUGGCCUACAAUGGAAUAUUGUUCAGUAAUGCUCUUGGCAUGGAAAUGACUUUUUGUGGCAUAGACUGAACAAGAAAAUUAAGUUGACCUUUGGAAAUAAUAAUUUAUAUUGACUGAAUAAUAUAAUAAUUGAAUGGAGAGUUCUGAAAGACUUUUCAGCUGCAAUUGAAGCAACAAAGACACAAGUGCUUCUGGGAGCAAAGGCAUGUUUUCAAAUCAACACAGAUUUCAAAUCACUGAAGAAUUCCCAGGGAAACAAAUGUUUAUCCGUUUUAUGGAAAUUUCAGUUAUGAAGUAUUUAGUGUCCCAUCCAGUAGAGCGGCACUAAUGUUGAACAUUUAGUUAUGUUUUAUUGCGGUUUUAGGGAAGAUCAGAGACAUUGGUUUGUUUUUCUUAAUUCAAUGUUGGACUCUUCUGUAAACAAAGUAAUUUUACAACUCUGUUUUUGCUACUUUGUAUUUUAAGAAGCCUGUAUAUUAAAUCAAAGUUUUAUUUUAAAA